GAGAGGGAGCAAGUCGGUUAGCAAUGGGGGACGCUUCUGCGCGGGUGUUUCAUGUUUACAGACUGUCUUAUAGUAAUACUGUAUUCUAUAUACUCUAGGGAAGCAGAUGUUGUCGUCAAGUAUUUCAGUGGUGCUCAUGUUUUUGUCGGGAUUUCGUCUGGGUUGACCAGAGGUGAUGGUGAGAACAGCCCAGGAUGACUAGCUAACGGAGAUGAACUGUUAACGUUACCUUACCCAUUAUAGAGAAGCUGCAUUAGCUAACACCAUCAAACUUGGCAGUUUUCACUGUAUUCAAACGGAACAUACAGUGAUUUUGGUCUAGACCUAUGUUAGGCUAUGUGCAGGGUUUCGCCCGUGUCUGCUGGUUGAAGCAUCCGAAUGCCUCAUUAAUCAUUUGAAUGCUUGAUAAAUGUCUAACGUUGAGGCUAGUGUUGCGUUUGUCAUAAUGACAUAAGUACUUUUGUCACGCCAGUGCCGAACAUUUUUCCAACAGUUCAAGAAAGCGACAUGCUAACAGUGUUGUUUUUAUACACCGGUUAAUUCCAGUGUUUACAUUAUUGCAAGUGUUCAGUGUCGCGAACACUGCCCUCGUAUAGCUCAGAUGGAGGCAGAGGAGGAAAGUGUUGGCGGACAGGUUGACAGCGCGGGGGCGCGGGAGGAGUGGACCCUCCUCAUCUGGACCUCACUGGCCGUGCUGGUGCCCGUGGCCAUCACGCUGUGGUGUAGCGUCCAGCGCUCCAAACGGAAGGUGUACAUGAAGGACUUCUCUCGCAAGAGCAAACAUGGAUGGCAUUGCACGGAUCUCUUCAACAAGCCCACCUACUGCUGCAUCUGCUCGCAGCACAUCCUCCAGGGAGCCUUCUGCGACGGCUGCGGGCUCUGCGCGGACGAGCAGUGCCUACGACGUGCCGACCGCACCACGCCGUGCAAAGAGAUUAUGGCCCCGGCUCAGUCGGACGGAACAGUGAGCCAUCGUUGGGUGCGUGGAAACGUCCCCCUUUGCAGCUACUGUGCGGUCUGUAAACAGCAGUGCGGCACACAGCCGAAGCUGUGCGACUACAGGUGUGUAUGGUGCCAGACCAUUGUGCAUGACGACUGCAAGCCAAGUCUGGAGGACGGAGACCGCUGUGACCUCGGGGAGUUCCGCUGUCUCAUCAUCCCCCCUCACUACCUCUACCACGUCAACAAGCUGCGGCGCAGACUCCCGGAGGAGUACAGCAAGCUGGCGGUGGCCUGUGGCAGUGGCUGGACUCCAGUGCUGGUGCUGGCCAACACUCGCAGUGGCAACAACAUGGGCGAGGCCCUGCUGGGAGAGUUCCGCACCCUGCUGAACCCUGUCCAGGUGUUUGACCUGUCCGAGCUGCCCCCCUCCAAAGCGCUGCAGCUGUGCACGCUGCUCCCCCCCGGCCGCGCCCGCGUGCUGGUGUGCGGGGGAGACGGCACGGUGGGCUGGGUGCUGGACGCCAUCGACACCAUGAAGCUCAAGGGUCAAGACCAGUUCAUCCCCAGGGUGACGGUGCUUCCCCUGGGCACAGGAAAUGACCUGUCCAACUCGCUGGGCUGGGGGGCGGGGUACGCGGGCGAGAUCCCCGUGGAGCAGGUGCUCAGGAACAUUCUGGACGCUGAGGUGGUGAAGAUGGACAGAUGGAAAGUUCAAGUUGCCUCAAAAGGCCACUUCCUUAGGAAACCAAAGGUGCUGUCCAUGAAUAACUAUUUCUCCGUGGGCCCAGAUGCCCUGAUGGCGCUCAACUUCCACACCCACCGGGAGAAAACGCCCUCCUUCUUCUCCAGCCGCAUCAUCAACAAGGCUGUGUAUUUCCUGUAUGGCACCAAAGAUUGCUUAGUGCAAGAAUGCAAAGACCUGGAUAAGAGGAUCGAGCUGGAGCUGGACGGCGAGAAGGUGGCACUGCCCAGCCUAGAGGGCAUCAUCGUGUGCAACAUCGGCUAUUGGGGCGGCGGCUGCAGACUGUGGGAAGGGAUGGGGGACGAGCCCUGCCCCCCCACACGGCUGGAUGACGGUUUGCUGGAGGUGGUGGGAGUCUAUGGCUCUUUCCACUGUGCACAGAUCCAGGUCAAGCUGGCUAACCCAGUGAGGUUGGGCCAGGCCCACACAGUGCGGCUGGUGCUGAAGAGCUCGCGGAUGCCCAUGCAGGUGGACGGCGAGCCGUGGGCGCAGGGCCCGUGCACCGUCACCAUCACGCACAAGACGCAGGCGCUCAUGCUCUACCACAGCGCCGAGCAGACCGACGACGACGACGACGACGACUCCAGCGCCUCGGACGGCGAGGGGGGGCCGCCGGCACCCCACACCCGCGCCCGCGCGUCCGAAGACAAGACGUCUGGAGACGAGGUGUUCGUGUGACGGCCCUCUGAUGUCCUCCAUCUCUCCUGUCUGUGCACAGCACACCUGCCCCUGCCCCCGCCCCUGCUCCUGCCCCCCUCGGCCUCGCUUGCAGCCCAUCCAGACAAGGCCACAGGCUGCAUGUAAGUUGUGCAGCAUAGAUGUAGUCCAUCUUUGUCCUCUGUUCUAUAUGCAGCUGAGGUGGCUUACGAAGACGAAAACUACAAAUCCCAGUGCCAUUAAAUAGGAGGUCCGGCUCAGGACCAGCUCUACUGAUCCCUCAUCCAGCCUGUGCUCUGGAGUUCCUCACGGCCAUGAAUAAAGAGUGAUGCGCCGUCCCUGGUGGACGGUGGAUAGGAGAGCGAGAGAAUUGUACGGCGACCGAAGUCGCUAACCGAAUGUUUGCAUCGCUGCCUUGUGUCAUAGGUGCGUAGUCUGCCUCAGAAAGUGCUGUACGUGAGAAACAUUAGGUUGUGUUUUUAUUUUGAGAGUCUUACAACUUCAUAUCCUUUAUUUGUGCUUGAAUCCCUGCUGACCAUGUUCCUUCAAAUAUCUUUUAGUUUACACUCGUGUUCCUCAGAAUAUGUAUUAUUAGUUUGUUGUCAAGAGCUGCACUGGAUGUCCUAUAUGUACACACUGUUUUUCUUUCUACUUCUCUUCAUUUGUGUGCGUUGGGGCAAUAGGUUUGUCCAACAUUCCUAAAGCAUUAUACCCUCAUUAGCCCUGUGAUGCUAAACAUGUAGAGCAUGUCCCAGUAGGCUGUAGCCCGUCGUGGCUUAGAGACUAGGAUUGCAAACGUGUCAACCCAUCGUGCUGUUUACUCAGUCCCACAUUAGAUGUGUUCUAUCUCGUUUACACUUCCUUAGAUGUAGAGAACGCACUGAACUGCACUUAGUCUAUGGAUCUGCAGAUAAUAGUUUACAUUCACCCUCCUCUACCAUAGAUAUGGUAUUGUUACAGAAAGUGAUGUUAUAUCAACCAUUUUAAUUAUUGCUGUUUUGUGUUGCAUUGUUUUGAAUAUCAGCCAUCUAUUUCCUUUAUGGUCCACAGGGUGGUAGUCUUGGGUUAUUUUCCAAUGUCAUGUGAUACAGAGUUCAGAGAGAUCUUUGGACCUAGCGAAUGACUUUCAUCUUUUGAAAUGAGUUCUGCAUUUUGUAAACAUCAUCCAAGUUUAAACACUGAAAGGACCAUCAUUUCUGACAGAGCUCUGUUCAAGCAUGUGGUAUGUCUUAGGAAAUAUGUAUCAUGACUGUCAUCACUAAGAUGUGGUGUGUUGUUUCUAGAAUUUCUGAGUUUAAUGGCAGCAGUUUGUCUUAAACGCUCAGUUAGAUAACAGGCUUGGCAUGAGCUUUGACCAAAUCUACUGAUGGGGCGAGGUGCAAUCAUAUCACAUUUGAUUCUAAAUCACACACAUUAGCACAUUUGUUUGUCGUAAUGUUGUGUUUACUUGUUACUUGUGUUACUCAUGAAUUGAACUUGGGUAGCAGUAAGCAGUAUGUCUUAAAAGACCUUGUGAAAUGUUCACGUUCUCUUACAAACGAGCUGACGAUGCCAUUGUCCCGCUCCUUUUCUCCCAAGUGUUGGUUGAAGCCAUAUGCAUGUGCCGCUCUGCUGUGUUGAAUUGUAAAAUGUCGUCUCGCUGCUUGUAGGCACAAGGCUUUCGCUUGUGCCAGCCCUCUGUUUACGACUACUCUGAAUGUGGCAGGAACAGACCACGUGCUUGUGAUGUGCAUCUUUAUACACACACGCUCGCGCGGGCACCGCUAUUUGAGAAAAAAAUUCAUUCGAAUGUGGCCAAAACAUUGAAUUGCAAGUGCUGGUCUUUUAACCAGAUGAAUGCCAGUUCACCGAAAUGUCAUGUUUACCGUUUGAUCAGUGGCUUGUCUGGUUUGUGUUGUCUGGGGUCAAUAUUCACACGGUUCUGAACAUCAAGAUGGAACAAGAACAGCAGACAGGUUUCAAUUACACCUUUUGUAGUGUACUCAAGCAAGAAGUGUUUAGUAAUGCAUUACUUUGGGUGAAGCAAUCUGAUAGUUACAAGAUAAAACAGCAUUGCCAUACUUAAGCUACUGUAGACAGUUUCUCAAUUCUAGGCCUUGUGCAAUAUGGCUGCUAAGCUCAAACGGAAUCUACUAAAUUAAAGUCAUCCCUCAAAUCGUGUGGUAAAAGUACCAUUCCAAACCAAGACAGGUGUAGGUCACUGUAUUUAACAAAGUAUGGAUUUGACAUGUAUGAUGGUUUCAACAGUGUAAAUGAUAUAUUUGGUAAGUUUAAGAUGAAUGUAAGAAUUGAUGUACGUUUUGGAAAGUUAAUAAAUAUUUUCAUAAAUAUG